UUGCAGGGUGAAAAAAGGCUGGCUUUGUUUGUUUAGAAUUGAAAAAGCUGGGAAAAGGAGGCAGCGGCAGGGCGCUGCUGUGGGGCUCCACUGGCCACGGUUUGGAGAGAUUGACGAAGAGAGGCAGACAAAAAGGACUCGUCGAAGCCAGCGAGAGAGAACAGGAAAUCCAACGAGAGACGGCAGGAGGGAGGGAAAGGAGGGGAACUAGGUUUAAAACCAUUUGCAAGAGCUGCUUUGCAUGUGUGACAUUACUCUGGAACUGGCAUGGGGCAGCAGGUUAAAGGGCUGUGUGAGGUCGUCAGCGGAUGUAGAAAGCAAAAUUAUGUAGAAUUUAUGUAUUGUUAACCAGCCAGGACUGCUUAGACCGAUUAGAGUGUGUUCUGUCUAAUCCGUUGAGCUCUAGCUCUCUAGAAAUUGCAGUAUGCAGAUGUGCAUUUUCUUUUUGUGAGAUGGCUGUCAGUUGGUUGAUUUUGGAUCUGCAUACUGUUACUUAGUGAAGUUGUGCUAGGUGGUUCAGUAGGCUAUGAUGUCAUACCUUCUGUAUGGGAAGUGGCUAAGGUGUUCUUGUGAGAUGAGGAGCUGUCAGUGGGAUUCCAAGAAGUAGGUGAUGAUAUUUUGAGACUUCAUGGGCCUAGGCCAUCCAAAAGAAAUAGUGAGGAGCAGGUGGCGGCCUACACUUGGAACAAAUGAGGAUUCUCUCAGACCAGCCAUGUGGAGGCAUGUUGCGAUAAAGGCUCAGUGGAAGAAAACCAGAAGUGAUCUACCGGUCAUCCCUAGGUGAAUGCUGGGCUGGAUUUGACUCUGUGGGUACCAUCUGGCUGGACUGCUUGCAGCAGGAUUGGGUUUUGAUUUUUUUUUCAUUAUGGAUAUAUCAGCCUGGAAUCUAGUGUGAAUCCUAUAUGGCAUGUAGCCUCACUGAAUCUGGAAAGUGGAUAUCGGAUGUUCUCACCUCUUUUAUCCAAGGACUGAUUGUGUUUAGUGAUUGAGUUGUUGGUCAAGACUAUUGGGAGUUGAAGCCUUAAGUGGAAGUGUAGUUAUAUCUGUCAACGGAAGGCGUUUUUAUCUGAAUCCUGCCAUUUCUGCUGUGAAAUGGAAGGCCCACGGUGCAGUGGCAUCCGGAAAAAGCGUAAGUCUCGGUCAGAGCGUGACCGGGGGAGGAGGUCUAACGGGAUCAGGAAUAACCAUGUCCGGGACUCUGUGCUCCGAUUCUCUUCGGAUUCUGAGCGGGAAAACGGCACCAACCCCUCCUCCUCACGACCCAGACCACCCAGGAGGAAGAGGAAGGAAUCUACUUCAGCUGAGGAGGACAUCAUUGAUGGAUUCUCUAUAUCUGGAUUUAUGACCUUGGAAGCUCUUGAGAGGGAUAUGGCUCUGAAGCCUCAUGAGAGGAAAGAGAACCAAGCUCUACGGCUCCAGAAGAAGCGACUAGGCCGGGUGCCUAAUGGGCUGAAUGUGGACCUACGUAAGAGCUGCCUCCACAACCAGCAGCAGCAUUCAGACCAGGAGAACCGUCCGUGCCUGGCUCAAGCACACAAAAAGAACAAAAAACAUCCCAAGAGAAGAAACAGAGCGCUGAAGCCUGGGCAGAACAACUGUAAGGACAGUGACAGCGAGAGUCUGAGUGGUGAAUCCAAACCAUCCAUCAGGAGCAGUUCUCGAGAAAGACUGACAGAUUGUGACAGUGAGAGUGACCAAGAAGAUAAGGGUUCAGAUGCCAACUCUGAGAAAUUCUUCAGAACAGCUGCAGCUAAAGGCAUUGACAGGCUCACCACAAAUGCAAGCCAGGAGCUGCAAGGACUGGUUGCACCUAAGGUGUCAGGCCUAGAACGCAGCCAGGAGAAGAAUCAGGAGAGCUCCCUGGCCACCCUGUCUUCUGUGGGGCCUUCUGCCCAGCCCAAACCACAUCGCUCUCAACGCCUACAACAAAGUCCAGUCAGCCAAGCCCUUUUCUUACCGUUACGCACACCUGUCAGCCCUGUCCACACUCUCUCACAAGUCUCGCUCACACAAUCAGAGCGUCAGCAUAGGCAGUCAACUCUCUCUGCUAACCUGCCUUCUACACCUGGGCACCCGCUCUCACAGGCUGCUCCUACCCGGCCCCAGCACCUGUCUGAGACUCCUGCUCACCAUCGACUUCCCCCGACUCCAGGAUUAUACCACCAUCCGACUUCGCCUGUGUUACCCACUCAACAGAACCAUAGUCAGCCAGUGCAGCAUCGGCCACCCUUAGGGUGUCACCCACAUCCAUUUUCUGCCUACAGCAGCAGUGUAGCGUUCAACAGCCUGAGUAGUACCCGGAGCAGUACUCAAGGGAAGCCACACGGUCACCCUUCUGCUCCUCAUCUCUCACAGCACCAAGCUGUUCCCUCUGGGUCAUCAUCAUCCUUCCCACUGCCCCUGUCAACCAACCCCAGUGCACCCCACUCUUUUCCCCCUACCCUGCAGCCCUCAACACAUUCUCAUCACCCAAAUAUGUUUGCCCCACCUGCCACUUUGCCUCCUCCACCUCCGCUGACCUCAAACACUCUGCCAGUUCCUGGACACCCAGCUGGAAGUGCUUACUCAGAGCAAGACAUACUCCGGCAAGAACUGAACACACGUUUCCUGGCCUCUCAAAGUGCAGACCGUGGGGCAUCGCUGGGUCCUCCACCCUAUCUACGCACUGAAUUCCACCAACACCAGCACCAGCACCAGCACCAACACCAGCACACACAUCAACACACACACCAACACACCUUUACACCUUUCCCCCACGCCAUCAUGCCCACACCUGCACCACCCAUGGUGCGUACCCCAGCUCAAAAUUUCGACAAAUAUCCUACAAAAGUCGACCCCUUCUACAGACACAGUCUAUUCCACUCCUAUCCCCCAGCUGUGCCUGGAAUUCCACCUGUUAUACCACCCACAGGGCCGUUUGGAUCACUGCAGGGAGCGUUUCAGCCCAAGACUACAAAUCCACUAGAUGUGGCAGCUAGGCCUGGAGCAGUCCCACACACACUUCUUCAAAAAGACCCUAGACUGACAGAUCCAUUCCGACCCAUUCUCAGGAAACCAGGAAAGUGGUGUGCCAUGCAUGUUCAUAUUGCCUGGCAAAUCUAUCACCACCAACAGAAAGGAAAGCAGCAGAUGCAGGUAGAUCCACAUAAGCUCGACUUUGGUCUUAAACCAGAAUUCCUAAGUCGGCCACCAGGUCCCAAUCUGUUUGGUGCAAUCCAUCAUCCACACGAUUUGGCACGACCUGCCACACUUUUCUCGGCAGCAGGUUCCACACAUCCUUCAGCAGCACCUUUCGGACACCCUUCACAUCACCCUAGCAACUUCCUCACACCUGCACCCCACUUAGAGCCUUUCAACAGACCAGCAUCAUUUGGAGGUCUGGGAGCAUUAAGCACUACAGCCUUCGGUGGCUUGGGAAACCCAGCACUUACGCCCAACUCUGCAUUUGGCCAUAAAGACACAGCUAAUGCACAGCAACACUUCAGCAGCAGCCACGAGCCCUGGAACAGAUUGCACCGCACACCACCAUCUUUCCCCACGCCCCCACCUUGGCUUAAACAUGGGGAUUCAGAGCGCAGCACCUCAGUUAGUUCACAUGAGAGAGACCGAGACCGGGACAGAGACAGAGAUUCAGAAAAGAGGGAAUCGUCCAUCAGCAAGGACGACAAAGAGCGGGAUACUGUGGAGAAACAGCAACCAAACCAACCAUCUCCAGUUACUGUCAAUCCCCUUACUUUGCUGAGUCACACCCGGUCAUCCGACCCCUCCAGGAACCAGCUUGCCAUCAGUGAGCCACGAGAUAAAGAGAAACACAAAGAGCGAGAGAGAGAGCACUCAGAUUGGAAAGACUCCGGUGCAGAUGAGCACAAGCUUAAGGAGAAUCACCAUGGUGGCAAAGACACACCCAUCAUUAAUGAUGGGCGGAUGUCUGAAGACAAGCCAUCUAAUCAGCUGAUGACAUCUCCAUACAUCCGACCACCAACUGGCCUGGAUAGAGUGAAUGGUGGGCUCAAUCGGGAAGUUGUAGAGAAGAUAGGUGAGCUCACACAUGAGAAGAAGAACAGUGAGGUCAAAGUUAAGGAGGAGAGAAAGGAGGAGCAGGAUAGAGCUACAGACAGAUCCCCAGAACAAAGAUCCAGCCCUCAGGCUCCUUCAGCCCCCAGCAACUUCCAUCCUCCCUCCUCCUUGGCUGUAUCCAUGGGCAUGGCCAGCAUGAACAGCAUUAGCAACCUGGAAAGGACUCGAAUGGUUGCCCCCUUCAUGGGCAUUAGCCAAAUCCCAGGCACAGAGAGGUUUCCUUAUCCUGCUUUCCACUGGGACCCAAUGCGGGAUCCCUACAGAGGGCUGGACAUCCACAGAAGGGAUCCAUUAGCCCGGGACAUGCUCUUCAGGAAUGACCCUCUGCACCGACUAGCUGCACCAAGGCUCUAUGAAACUGAACGUUCAUAUCGGGACCGCGAGCCACAUGAUUUCAGCCGUGAUAAUCCUCAUGGGCUGAGCCUGGAGCAACGGCGUGAGCAAGAGAGGGCCCAUCUGGAGGAACGUGAGCGAUUACACAUGCUAAGAGAAGAUUAUGAGCAUGGACGACUGCACUCCAUGCACCAUCCUGCACUAGAUGGACACCUUCCUCACCCUGGCCUUAUGGCCCCAGGGCUAACAAGCAUGCAUUACCCUCGCGUCAGCCCCUCGACAUCCAUUGUCACUGCAGCUGCUGCCCAUCAAAAUGGAAUUCUUAACAAAACACCACCCACAGCAUCACUGAGUGCCCCACCUCCUCUCAUUCCAACCCUGGGCACAAGGUCAGGCUCUCCCCGACGGACCACACCCCUAAGUUCAGACAUUAGAGACAGACCACCAUCACAUACCCACAAAGACAUUGAGGCACGGUGAGGACACAUGCAGACAUAGAAAUGUCCUUGAUUUGUGCUAAGAAUCUGGCAUUGGGCAGAGAAGAGUGUACUGUAGAUAUGUAUGGAAUGUUAUUUGCUUUUUGUACAAAAACAACUGAAAAUGGGCUGAUCAAACGUGGAGACUGUAAAGGACCCUUUGUUCAAUUUGCUCCUUGUUUUGUGAGUGUAGGCUACUCUAUAUUUUGAAUGGUCUGAUUUUGAGCAAGUAUGAAAAUGAAAAAUGAAAUUGAAAAUCAAGGAUAUCCAAACAUAGCUCAUUUUUGGAAUGUGCAGGUACAUUCAAUGCAUUGAAACCUUGAAAAAUGUACAUACAUGUGUACAAUGAAUGUGCUAACUCAUUAAGGGUAAAAUCAAGAUACAAAUAUGCAAAUGGUUGUCAUGAAAGCUUUACUUUGAACAGUUGUACAUAAUAAAUGGACUGAGAAAACUGA